AUGGAUGAGGUCCUGCCUUGUGAUAUUGACUACAUCUUGCCUUCUUCUGUUCAUGUAAAUUGUUCUAUUUAUUAUUGUACUGCUAAGUCUUUGUUUAACAGUUGGGCUGGUGGUUGGGGUAAUGGUGAUGCUGUACUGGUUGCAUUUGAUGUCGGUAUUGAGAAGUUCAGAACGAUUCCAAUUCCUAAUAUCAUCCUCAGUAGCCCGCCUUCUGAUGAUUGGUUUAAUCAACAUGCCUACUUGUUAGAAGUGAGUGGGCAUGUAGCUAUAGCUUGCAGAUUUAGUGCUUAUAUUGCCAAGAUUUGGGUAUACAUAGAAGAUACCGAGAAUGAUAACAACGGAACUUGUGAGGAGAAAUGGACUGAGCAUACUAUCACAUUUCCUUUUUCUUGGGACAGAAAUGUAUACUGGGGUUUGUAUACAGGUGCAGGAAUGGACCAAAUACUCAUACAAUCUGAUCGAAGGGUUGUUAGUGGAAUAGACCCUGCCUGUACUCUUUAUUCGUACGAGCUGAAGAUGAAGACGUUCACUGCAAUUGAAGUCGGUGGGAUCCCUUCUUCAAUUAAUAAUGACGGUAGUAGUCACUGA